AUGUUUACACGUGGAUGUGAUGUUCAAAAUCUCAGAGAAGAGAUAUCACAUUAUAUUGUUAGAUCGACACAGAGAGGAAGGUUUUUGAAGGUUCAAUCAAACCCGGACGAAGUAGCUGAAAUCAAGUGUUUGAGCCGGGAAGAGUUGAAGGAGCUGGUGAAGAAAGCAGAUGCAGGUGAGGAAGGUUUGAAACUGUCUCCAUGGUUUAGAUUGGUGGUGGACACUUUUUUGAUGAAGUGGUGGGAUCAUGUUGAGAAAGGAAUUUUGGCUGAAGCUAUAGACAUGAAAAUCAUCCACAAACUCUGA